AUGAUGAACCUCGAUGUAUUGUGUGUCUAUGCAGUUGCGCAUAGCAAACUCGACCAAGGAGGCAAUCACUGCGUCACCAUUCCCGGUGGCUCAAAAGGUAUUAUGCUUAUGAGCCUGCUGCCAUACACCUACUUGCCAUCAUCGGAGAAAGCUGUGCGACUCGACGUUCCGGCCGGUAUCAAAGUGCACAAUUUUGUCAACCUGCUCGUGCAGCGAAAGCGCCACCAGUAUGAGUUCAACAAAGACGGCCAGGGCUGCAGGUAUUGGACAGACGAUCAACUUACCCUCUUUCAGACAUCGGGUCUUGUUGUGAAUCCAUAUCAGGUCACAGAGGCCAGAAAUGCCAUUCUCACGCAAUAUCCCGAUCAAGUUCGAUAUCCUCUUGUGGUCGGCAGCUACUAUCCAUGA